AUGGAUGAGGUAGAAGUAGAGGCGGAUGGUGCAUUCGAUUACCCACGACAGUCGUUCGUUAUCCGCAAAUACUGCAGUGGUGGACGAACGAUUCGAUACUUCGAUCACCAAAUGUCACAUCCAAUCAACGAUAGACCACUCACAUUCUUUCCACCAACCAUCAAAAAGUUUUUGACAUAUCAGAAGCGAUUGAAAGCUGUUCCAUUGAAGAAACAAGAUGAAGGGUUGGAGAGAAGCGCAUUUCAGAAAAUGGGGUAUACUGAUGCUAUAAUUUACAAUAAGGAUGACAAAACGAUCACAACGAAUAUGCAAGACUUGAAAAAUAGUCUAAUGGCGUCGAAAUCUUUUAUACAACAACUAAAAGGGAGAGUCGAUAAAAUCACUCCAGAAAUACGGCAAUGUGCUGCAGAUAUGGAUUCUGGCAUCAAUCAAAUGACACAAUUAUUCUCGAGGAUCAAUACGGCCAAACAGUGA